GUGAGUAAAUGGCUCCUCCUGCGAAAGAGGGUAAAAAAAAAGGAACCUGAACUAUAGUGGCGGGUUUGUGAAAGACAUUGUGCAUUUUCGGUGGAGGGGGGUCACUGGCUGCUUAAUAGUGCAAUGUUUUUUGGACUACCGCUUUGUUUUUGGAAUUGAGCUCUGUCUUAAAUAAGGACGGGUUCUAGUGUUAUUUGAAUCCUAAACACCCCCAGAUGAACUCAGUGAGAGCUGCGAACCGCAGACCCAGGCGAGUGUUGAGGCCGCGCCCGGUGCCGCCGGAAAGAAACAACCAAGAAAGAGAUGAGGAGGGUGCUGGAGACAUGGUUGCUGAAGAAUCUGGUCCAGGAGCUCAGAAUAGUCCAUAUCAACUUCGAAGAAAGUCUCUUUUACCCAAAAGAUCUGUAUAUCCAGCCAAGACUAAUAUGGAGGGUGAUCCCACAUCAGCAACAGAAAACUUUGGUCAUCGGGCCAAGCGUGCUAGGGUGUCUGGGAAAUUACAAGACAUAACAGCUGUUCCGGCAGAACAGUACCUGCAAGUGAAGCUUCCAGAUGAGGUGGUACUGAAGAUCUUCUCCUAUCUGCUGGAGCAAGAUCUGUGUCGGGCUGCUUGUGUGUGCAAACGCUUUAGUGAACUGGCCAAUGACCCCAUUCUGUGGAAGAGACUCUACAUAGAGGUUUUUGAGUAUGCCCGUCCCAUGAUGCACCCAGACUCAGGAAAAUUUUACCAAAUUAACCCAGAGGAGUAUGAGCAGCCCAAUCCAUGGAAGGAAAGCUUUCAGCAGCUGUAUAAGGGAGCACAUGUGAAGCCAGGCUUUGCAGAGCACUUUUACAGUAACCCUUCCAGGUAUAAAGGGCGGGAGAAUAUGCUGUAUUACGACACUAUUGAGGAUGCAUUAGGUGGUGUGCAGGAGGCUCACUUUGAUGGGCUUAUAUUUGUCCACUCAGGGAUUUACACAGAUGAGUGGAUCUAUAUUGAGUCGCCAAUUACUAUGAUUGGUGCAGCACCAGGGAAAGUUGCAGAUAAAGUUGUCAUUGAGAACACUAGAGAUUCAACAUUUGUGUUCAUGGAGGGGUCAGAGGAUGCAUAUGUCGGCUAUAUGACAAUAAAGUUUAACCCUGAUGAUAAGUCAGCCCAGCACCACAAUGCACAUCACUGUUUAGAGAUCACAGUAAACUGCAGCCCCAUCGUUGACCACUGCAUCAUACGUAGCACAUGCACAGUGGGUUCAGCGGUAUGCGUGAGUGGCCAGGGGGCAUGUCCCACUAUCAAACACUGUAACAUCAGCGACUGUGAGAAUGUAGGCCUCUACAUCACAGACCAUGCACAGGGCAUUUUUGAAGAUAAUGAGAUAUCCAAUAAUGCUCUAGCUGGGAUCUGGGUUAAGAAUCAUGGAAAUCCCAUAAUUAGACGAAAUCACAUCCACCAUGGUAGAGAUGUGGGAGUCUUUACUUUUGACCAUGGCAUGGGCUACUUUGAAAGCUGCAACAUCCAUAGAAACCGGAUAGCAGGAUUUGAAGUGAAGGCAUAUGCCAACCCCACAGUAGUGCGCUGUGAAAUCCACCAUGGACAGACUGGGGGCAUAUAUGUACAUGAAAAGGGAAGAGGGCAGUUCAUUGAGAACAAGAUCUAUGCAAACAACUUUGCUGGUGUAUGGAUUACCUCAAAUAGUGACCCUACAAUUAGGGGUAACGCGAUCUUUAAUGGCAACCAAGGUGGUGUUUACAUAUUUGGUGAUGGCCGGGGCCUUGUUGAAGGAAACGACAUAUAUGGGAAUGCCUUGGCAGGGAUUCAGAUCCGGACUAACAGCUGUCCUAUUGUCCGGCACAACAAAAUCCAUGAUGGCCAACACGGGGGCAUUUAUGUGCAUGAGAAAGGCCAAGGUGUGAUUGAAGAGAAUGAGGUCUACAGCAACACAUUAGCUGGAGUGUGGGUAACCACAGGAAGCACACCUGUACUGCGCAGGAAUCGAAUACACAGUGGAAAACAGGUUGGUGUUUAUUUUUAUGAUAAUGGGCAUGGAGUGCUGGAAGACAAUGAUAUCUACAACCACAUGUAUUCAGGAGUUCAGAUAAGGACUGGAAGCAACCCAAAAAUAAGAAGAAACAAGAUCUGGGGUGGACAAAAUGGUGGCAUCCUUGUUUACAACUCCGGUUUGGGCUUAAUAGAAGACAAUGAGAUCUUUGACAAUGCCAUGGCAGGGGUUUGGAUCAAGACAGACAGCAACCCAACACUUCGUAGGAAUAAGAUCCAUGAUGGGAGAGAUGGAGGAAUUUGCAUAUUCAAUGGAGGACGUGGGUUGUUGGAGGAGAAUGACAUCUUUAGGAAUGCUCAGGCAGGGGUCCUCAUCAGUACCAACAGUCACCCUGUACUGCGAAAAAACAGGAUAUUUGAUGGCUUUGCCGCAGGUAUUGAGAUCACAAACCAUGCAACUGCAACUUUAGAAGGAAAUCAGAUUUUUAACAACCGCUUUGGUGGGUUGUUUCUUGCAUCCGGUGUCAACGUGACAAUGAAAGAUAAUAAGAUAAUGAACAAUCAAGACGCCAUCGAAAAAGCUGUGAGCCGAGGACAGUGCCUGUAUAAGAUUUCCAGUUACACCAGCUAUCCAAUGCAUGAUUUUUACAGAUGUCACACCUGUAACACAACAGACCGCAAUGCAAUUUGUGUGAAUUGCAUCAAAAAGUGUCAUCAAGGACAUGAUGUAGAGUUUAUAAGACACGAUAGAUUUUUCUGUGACUGUGGUGCUGGGACAUUGUCAAACUCGUGCACGUUAGCCGGAGAGCCAACACAUGACACGGAUACAUUGUAUGACUCUGCUCCUCCUAUAGAGUCCAGCACACUGCAGCACAACUGAGUCUGUGAUCUCAAGAGACUCCAUACCAUUCCUUAGGGAUGUACUGCUGCCCCUUUUUCCAUUUUCAAUAGAAUACCAACAUCAGAGCUUUGAGGAGUGGCUGAUGCUGCCAGAAAUAAUCACCUCUGCAAGCUACUGUUACCAAAUUAGCAAACCAUCAUUUGAAUACAAUGGCACUAAGCUAAUUCGUUUCGGAUAUUCACAUGCAAGAUUUAUAUUGAUCUUGUUCAAGGCCUAAAUUGUCAGUGAAUCAGAAGUGUUAAAUCUGAUACAAUAUAAAUACAAGAGAUCAGAUUAGUGGAUUCCCUAGCACUCAUCAAUCCAGUUCUGAAAUUAUUUUUGAAAUAAUACAAUUUCAGUAAUAAUAAAAAAAAAAAAAUUCAAACACUUUCUUUUUAAAGCUUAAGACAGCUAGUAAUGCAAGCCACAAAGAGACUAUUAUUUAAAAAAAAAAAAAAAAGAAAAAGUGGCUAUUCUGCUGGGGAUAUAAUAGUUCCCCUGCUUUGUUUUCAGAGAGGUGGAUAGGAGAUAACUGGAAAUGUUAAUUCCUGAGACCCUGACUGGUUUUGGGUAGUGCUAGAAAGAAAUGUGGUAAAAGAUUGCUGGUUCAUAUCUAGAAAGAGCAGUCUCUCCCCAGGUUCUUAGUGCCUGUCUCCAUGAAUUUAUUGCCACACGCAAUGUAUGGUGUGUAUGGUGAUAAAUAUGACCAGCACUGCAGCAUUUUUAAACAAAGUAACUGGUAUUCAAUUUUAAUGCUCUCAUAGUUUUGUAUUAUCAAGUGGAAAUCUUAAGUGUAAUGGAAUUUUUUUUUAUUAAAUAUUAAUUUUGUGAGUUGUUAUACCUUUUUGGAUUUAACUGUAAUUGUACUCAUGGUGCAGGAUGUAUUCUUUCUGUGAAAGAUUUAUCAGAAAAAGUGAAAAUGAAAAACACUACCUAUUCUCCAGCAUUGCUGUUUUGGGGUUGUUUUGUUUUUUAAAUUAAAGGGAAAGUGUGUUUUAAUGGCAGAAUGAGUGUUUUCACAACCCUAAUGAAGUAAAGGUUGUGGUAUUUGUAUGUUCAUCCUGAAAAUACCUCUGAUUAACCCCCUUUUUAAUGACCACAUGAUGCAUAUAUGACUUGUCCUCUUUGAGAUUACCCUUCCUCAGUGAAAAGCAAUGAGUUUUUUUCACCCAAUAAUGUCUGGUGAAAUAUCUCUAGUAGCCUUCUUAUAACAUCACUAAUCAUUGCCUUUUCCUCAAAAUAUCCUGGGUGAAAGGGUUCAACCAAAUAAUGAGCUACUCUGCUGCAGAAAUUGUAAAGCAGUUUCUUGCUUUAUUAAAGCUCAGAUUAAUAUGGA